UUCUUGACGCCAUCAGACUGACAUGCGGAUAUCCAACAUGAAGACACAUAAGCAGGAGAAGACUGCCAAAUUCUGGAAAUCUAAGCUAGUUCCUUUUGGCGCCGCAUGGAUCAUACUUACCUCGGAUAUUUGUGUUCAUCAUGCGCCGUGGUUAACUGUCGGAGCACUGUCAGCCGGUACCCCCGCAACUUGAUAGCACAUAUUUGAAGUGUAGCACCUGCUAAAACGUGCUGUUCUUUUAUAGCAUUUUCUAAGCUACAUAGAGGGAGCAGAAUUGCAGUCAAGAUGAACGCAGAAUACAUCCGAAUUGCGCAUGCAAUCCAGCAAAAAGCACAAAAUCAUGACAAGAAGCGACUUCUAGUUGCUAUAGCUGGCAUUCCAGGUUCUGGCAAAACAACAACGGCUUCAGCUGUUGCGCAACAUCUUAGGAGCGAGUUUCAUCCGAACCAGACGGCUCUCGUCUCCAUGGACGGCUUUCAUCUGUCACGGGCAACCUUGGACAGUCUCCCUAACCGGGAGGAGGCAUAUAUUCGUCGCGGUGCACCCUGGACCUUUGAUGCAGCACGCUUUGUUGCGUUCGUUCAACAACUCCGACAGUGGGCAGACGCUACCCCGCUGAGCUCAGAAGGGACCUCUGACCCGGCUGUCAUCUAUGCGCCAUCCUUCGAUCACGAAGCCAAAGACCCAGUCGAGAAUGGAAUUGCCAUUACGAGUGAGGCCUCGAUCAUCAUUCUCGAAGGCAACUAUCUCCUCCUAAACGAAGAACAUUGGCGCGACGUAUCACAACUCGUCGACUAUCGCAUAUUUGUCGACGCAGACGUACAGGAGGCCAGGGAGCGAGUCGCUCGACGACAUGUUGUUGCAGGGAUAGAAAAGACUUUGGAAGAUGGGUUCCGUCGAGUCGAUAGCAACGACUACUUGAAUGCGCUUCAUAUUCAGGAAAAACUGAUAACUCCUGAUCUAGUGAUCAAGAGUGUGACGGAAGUAGCAUAGAGGAUCUAGUAUACAGGCGAUCAUUGAAACUUGUUUACAAGGAUAUAUCAGAUGGCGUGCUCAGGACGAUUACUCUUUGAUCUGUUUCUUAUGAAAGACAUCUACCAAUAGAUUAGCGGACAAUCAUCACAAGAAGAAGAAUACCCACCCGGAAUCUCAGGCAUCCACCCAACCCGACUCUGGCAGAAGAACUCUCCCUUGGGUGGCAACACCUCCGGGUCAUCCAAGGACCCUACACAAAUGUACCGAAAGUCAUUCUUGACAGCAUCCUGCUAGAAUCAGCAACCGAUCAACCCAAUAACAAUCUGUAAAUCCCAU